CAUGUGUACGUGUGUAAUCAGAUUUAGGACAUAUUUUGACGCUACCGAACUAAAUUUGGUUAAAAUCAUGCACUGGGGAUCUCCAUGGUUAGUUUUGUAAAGAAACAUUUGUUUUUAACUAGGUCGGGGCAACUGCGGGGGCGAUCUAUGGCGUCUUCAUUUUAGGGAUGGCCUUUCCUAAAGCGAACGCUAGAGGUGCCACGCUUGGGCUGGUGAUCGGACUGGGAUCCAUGAUGUUUAUUAGUGUGAUGGCCUUCGUGAAAAAGAAGACACUGCCCCAUUUACCGACCUCAAUUGAUCAGUGCCCCCAAUCAAAUGGUACAGUAAUCAAGUCCAUGGAACCAGUGGAAGAAAUUGAAAGUUGGGCUGAAAAGAUAUUCCAACUCUCGUACCUUCUCUACUCUCUCGUGGCGGCGAUAAUAACUGUAACUACAGGGCUACUAUUCUCAGUGGGAUCCAACUCAAAAGGAGUUUGCACAGAUGUAAAAUAUUUGCAUCCCGCAAUACGAAAAUUUGUGAGGAUUGAUAUUGCCAGAAAUAGUACAAAUGACGACAAGAUAUGAUAAUUGGGCACUUUAUGUAAACCAAAAUUGUUCCCUAACAGUAAAAGUACAUGAAUAAAUAUGUGUGUGGAAUGUACCAAAAAAUUUGACCAAUUAAAACGCA